AGUUCGUCGAACGACUCCACGUUUGCUCGACGAGCCAGGUAUAUUCCAAGGACCGAUACGUGGGUGGGGAUAUACGCAUCCGACAGGAGGGUCCUGGAGGCUGGACCGCGUGGAAUCCGAGGACUGCUUGCUACCGAUCCUCGCGGAGAUCGUGUGACAGUGACAGUUCGUCGUCCUCGUGAUCCGAGGAUACCGAUCAGUGCGAUAUCCUGGCCGUGUCGCGUCGAGAUAACGCGUAUCGCGGAAGCCGAACAUCGACGAGCUCGCAAAGUGUUGCCACGGUGAUCCAUCUAUCGUUUCGUGAUACUUACCGAUCCUACGGAGAUCUGUGCGGGGUGAAACACGGCUUUCGUGCCGGGUUUGUGGAGGCUGGGAGCGCGGACGCGCUGAGAUGACGGUGACCACGAACUUUUCGAUGAUGCGACCCUGCUUCACUGGAUACCCCUUUCAAGAUUUGGGAUCGAUACCGGGUCAGGGCCGCGUCAAUCAGCUCGGCGGUGUCUUCAUCAAUGGACGCCCUUUGCCGAAUCAUAUCCGAUUGAAGAUCGUCGAGAUGGCCGCUGCCGGGGUCAGGCCGUGCGUCAUAUCAAGACAAUUGAGGGUGUCUCACGGUUGCGUCUCGAAGAUUCUGAACCGGUACCAGGAAACCGGAAGCAUCAGGCCGGGCGUGAUCGGCGGUAGCAAACCGAGGGUAGCCACGCCGGAAGUCGAGGCCAGGAUCGAGGAGUACAAGCGCGACAAUCCCGGGAUAUUCUCUUGGGAAAUUCGCGAUCGUCUGAUCAAGGAGGGAAUCUGCGACAGGACCAGUGCUCCCAGCGUUUCCGCGAUCUCCAGGCUACUGAGGGGUCGGGAUCCCGAGGACGAGACUAAGCUAGGAGACGGCAAAGCCAGCUCCGGCUCGGAUUGCGAGAGCGAGCCAGGGAUCCCCCUGAAGAGGAAGCAGAGAAGGUGUAGGACCACCUUCACGGCCCACCAGCUGGACGAGCUGGAAAGGGCCUUCGAGAGGACCCAAUACCCGGACAUCUACACCAGAGAGGAGCUGGCCCAAAGAACCAAGUUAACGGAGGCUAGGAUACAGGUCUGGUUCAGCAACAGGAGAGCCAGGCUCAGGAAGCAAUUAUCUUCGACGACUUCCGGCGGCUACGUUAGCUCCGUGGCUUAUCCUGCUGCGUCCUACGUCCUCCAUCCUCCGGCUGCACCGCAUCCUCACACCGCGGCCACCGUACCUUCGAACCACCCUCAUGCUCAUCCCCAUGGACAGACUCUGCCUGACACAACUUUCUCCUCCAGUCAAGUUCCGGAGCUAUACUCGUCCCACCACGCCAGCAUGUCUCAUCAACUGGCGUCCGAGUCGACCCGCCUGCCUUCGUCGGUCGGGUCGGCACCCGGUUACGGCUUGCCACCAUCGGUGACAUAUCCCAGCACCCUGCUGCCUGCGACGGCUUCGACCAGCGCCAACCACAUGACCCACCAAGCAUCUCCGGCGGCCUCGGCUUCGUCCACUUAUCAACAACCCAGCAGCCAUCAGCUCCCUCCCACCCCGAACUCCCUGGUGACCAUGAUGGGUCCCAAUUCCGGCAACUCGAACCCUUCCUCCGACCAUUUGACCCCCUCCGACCUUCCCAUCGGCUCUGCCUCCCCUGUGCAGCAGCAGCAGCAACAACAGCAGCAACAAACCAGUCAAGGGAACACCUCGCCCUCUUGGAACCUGCCAAUCCCCGGUGGCGGAAGGGUGGGACUCCCUAGCCCCCCUUCCAGCCUACAGCAACCCCAUGCGCACACCAGCCAUCCCCAUCAAGCCUUCGCCAGCCAUUACGGUGCUCAAGGCUUCCAACAACCACCGAGACCUACCCCUCACCAACCAUUCUACAGCUGGUACUGAGGUCCUUCGA